AUGACUGACCAGAAGCUGCCCGAAGUCGACCUUGUCACCAGAAUGCAGGUCGACGAGUCCGUCGUCGGUAGCACCGAGAUCGAUGAGUCACUCUACAGUCGCCAGCUCUAUGUGCUGGGCCAUGAGGCCAUGCGGCGCAUGGGCUCGUCGAAUGUGCUGAUUGCCGGCCUCAAGGGCCUUGGCGUUGAGAUUGCAAAGAACAUUGCCCUGGCCGGCGUCAAGAGCCUCACCCUCUACGACCCCGCCCCGGUGGCCAUUGCCGACCUCUCUUCCCAGUUCUUCCUCCAUGUCGACGACAUCGGUAAGCCGCGCGACCAAGUAACAGCCCCCCGGGUGGCCGAGCUCAACGCCUAUACCCCCGUCCGCAUUCAUGAGUCCGCCAGCCUAGCAGACAACCUCUCCCAGUUCGACAAGUACCAGGUCGUCGUCCUGACAAAUACCCCGCUCAACGUCCAGCUCGCCGUGGCCGACUACUGCCACGAGAAGGGUAUUUACGUCAUUGUUGCGGACACUUUCGGUCUGUUCGGCUCCUUGUUCUGCGACUUUGGCAACAAGUUUACUGUCAUCGACUCCACCGGCGAGAACCCGCUGAACGGUAUCGUCGCUGGCAUUGACGAGGAGGGCCUGGUGUCCGCUCUGGACGAGACCCGGCACGGCCUCGAGGACGGCGACUAUGUCACCUUCACCGAAGUGGAGGGCAUGGAGGCCCUGAACGGCUGUGAGCCGAGAAAGGUUACUGUCAAGGGUCCCUACACCUUCUCGAUCGGCGACGUCUCCGGCCUCGGCCAGUACAAGCGGGGCGGCCUGUACCAGCAGGUCAAGAUGCCCAAGUUCCUCGACUUUAAGAAGCUCUCUGUUGCCCUCAAGGAGCCCGAGUUUGUCGUGUCUGAUUUCGCCAAGUUCGACCGCCCUCAGCAGCUGCACAUUGGAUUCCAGGCUCUGCACGCCUUUGCCCAGACGCACAACCGCCUGCCGCGCCCCCAGAAUGCGGAGGAUGCCACGGUCCUGGUGGCCUCGGCCCGCGCAUUCGCUAAGACGGAGGGCAUCGACGUGGAAAUUGACGACAAGCUCCUGACCGAACUCAGUUACCAGGCCACGGGUGAUUUGAACCCGAUGGCGGCGUUCUUUGGUGGUAUUGUUGCCCAGGAGAUCCUCAAGGCCGUGUCGGGGAAGUUCAACCCCGUGGUGCAGUGGUUCUACUUUGACUCGCUCGAGUCGCUCCCCGAAAAGUUUGAGCGCUCCGAAGAGCUGUGCAAGCCCAUUGGCUCGCGCUAUGACGGUCAGAUCGCCGUCUUCGGUACCAAGUACCAGGAGCACCUCUCCAACGUCAAGCAGUUCCUGGUCGGUGCCGGUGCCAUUGGCUGCGAGAUGCUGAAAAACUGGGCGAUGAUUGGUCUUGGAUCUGGCCCCAAGGGCAAGAUUUUUGUCACAGACAUGGACUCCAUCGAGAAGAGCAACCUUAACCGUCAGUUCCUGUUCCGCCCCAAGGACGUUGGCCAAAUGAAGAGCGACUCGGCCGCCAAGGCAGUGCAGGCCAUGAACCCCGAUCUUGUCGGCCACAUCGAUUGUCGGCGCGAACGCGUCAGCAACGAGACCGAGCACAUUUUCAACGAGGAGUUCUGGGAGGCCCUGGAUGGUGUCACGAACGCCCUGGACAAUGUGGAGGCCCGUACAUACGUUGACCGCCGCUGUGUGUUCUUCCACAAGCCGCUUGUUGAGAGUGGCACCUUGGGUACGAAGGGCAACACGCAGGUGGUCCUGCCGCUCCUGACGGAAUCGUACUCCUCGUCGCAGGAUCCUCCUGAGCAGUCGUUCCCCAUGUGCACGCUGCGGAGUUUCCCCAACAAGAUUGAGCACACCAUUGCGUGGGCCCGGGAGCUGUUUGACACCAACUUUGUCAAGUCUGCCGAGACUGUCAACCUGUACCUGACGCAGCCCAACUUUAUUGAGACGUCGCUGAAGCAGGCCGGCAACGAGAUUGCAACGCUGGAGACGCUGCGCGACUAUCUGAAGAACGAGCGGGCGCUGACCUUUGAGGACUGCGUUAGCUGGGCGCGCAUGCUCUUCGAGAAGCAGUACAACAACGCCAUCCAACAGCUUCUGUACAACUUUCCCAAGGACUCCGUGACGUCGUCGGGCACCCCAUUCUGGUCGGGCCCCAAGCGCGCUCCGGAUCCGGUCAAGUUUGACGCGACGAAUCCGACACACUUCUCGUUCCUGGUGUCGGCAACGAACCUGCAUGCGUUCAACUACAACAUCAACGUCCAGGGCAAGGACAAGAGCGAGUACUUGGCGGCUCUUGAGAACGUGAUUGUGCCUGACUUCUCGCCCGACCCGGGUGUCAAGAUUCAGGCGGACGACAAGGAACCCGAUCCCAACGCCGGAUCGAGCUCCUUUGACGACGAAAACGAAGUCAGCGACCUGAUCAAGACGAUCCCGACGCCAAGCUCGAUGGCCGGCUUCAAACUGACGCCGGUGGAAUUCGAGAAGGACGACGACACCAACUUCCACAUCGACUUCAUAACUGCUGCGAGCAACCUGCGCGCCGAAAACUACAAGAUCGAGACGGCCGAUCGGCACAAGACCAAGUUCAUUGCCGGCAAGAUUAUACCCGCCAUUGCGACCACGACGGCGUUGGUGACGGGCCUGGUCGUGCUGGAGCUGUACAAGAUCGUCGACGGCAAGACGGACAUUGAGAAGUACAAGAACGGCUUUAUCAACCUGGCUCUGCCGUUCUUUGGCUUCAGCGAGCCGAUUGCUAGCCCCAAGGUCGAGUACCAGGGACCCAACGGCAAGGUGUCGCUGGACAAGAUUUGGGACCGGUUCGAGGUGCCGGACUUUACGCUGCGGGAGCUAAUCGACGACUUCUCGAGCCGUGGCCUGACGAUUUCGAUGCUGAGCUCGGGCGUCAGCCUGCUGUACGCAUCCUUCUUCCCGCCCAGCAAGCUCCAGGACAGAUACAGCCUGAAGCUGAGCAAGCUGGUGGAGACAAUCUCGCGGAAGCCGAUUCCGGAGCACCAGAAGGAGGUCAUCUUUGAGGUUGUGGUCGAGGACCUGAACGAAGAGGAUGUUGAGGUCCCGUACAUCAAGGUCAAGGUCCGGUAA